AGGAGAGAAUACUUCAUGCCAAAGGUGGUGAAGUUCUGGGAAGGCAGCUCUCCAAAAUCUGUCAUAAAUAUUCUUGAGGAGAUGAUAACCAGGAGGCACAGAAAGGAGAAGAAAAGAAUAUGGUUUACUUUCCCAAAGACAGGCUUUGUGGGGGAGGGGAGGGAGGCCGGGGGCGGGGAGGCCCCGCCCCGUCCCCGCCCCGUCCCCGCCCCGUCCCCGCUGCGUCCCCUUCUGCAUCCCCCGCGCGGCAUGCGCAAGGGCGGAGCGCUGCGCGCGGCGAGGGGCGGCGCUGUCCAGAGAGCUGGGGAGGGGACCACGACCACGCGGAGCUCCAUUCCCGAGCUGCGCGACCAAGCCUUCGCCAUGACCACACUGCUGGCCGCGGUCGUCGGAGGAGCUGUGGCCCUGGGCACUGCGCCCCUGGUGCUGACUGGCAUGGGCUUCACGGCAACCGGGAUCGCAGCUUCCUCCUUGGCGGCCAAGAUGAUGUCAGCGGCAGCCAUCGCCAACGGGGGCGGGGUCGCGGCGGGCGGCGUAGUGGCCACCCUGCAGUCCAUCGGGGCAGCUGGACUCUCUGCAUCAUCCAACAUGAUUUUGGGCUCCAUUGGGGCCACUGUGGGGGCCUUGUUGGGGAAUUCAACUGGAUCCUAAGCUUGAAGAGAUCCAGCCGGGAUAAAACGUGUCCUGAGUGGAACCUACAAAACCCUCACUCAGAUCAGAGAAAGAUGAGGAAUAAAGGCCGCGUGCCCAUGUG